AUGGAUAAAAAUAGUAGGAAGAGUGGUAAUAGGUUUAAGUUUAUACCAUUUUCCGAAAGGAUUUCAAAUGUUAACAUUGAUGUAUUUCAUCGAGUUCCUCAUCGGUAUGAGGAAGAAGAAGAAGAAGUGGAAAAUUCCACAUAUUUUCAUUUGGCAAUUAAAAAAUGGGUUGUUUUAAAUUUAAGUGCCAAAUGGAAAGAAUUUAGAAGUGAAAUAGGAUACGAAACUCAAACUUUACCCCAACUACUUAAUAAUAAAGAAAAAAUUAUAAAUGUUUUUAUUAAAAAUAUAAGACAUCAAGAUGAAUUAUCUUAUCAGCCUGUUUUAGAGUUAAUGGUAGCAUUAGUAAAAGAUUUAAGACAUGAACUCUAUCCUUAUUUUCCACAAAUUUUAAAAGAAUUAAUACAUUUAUUAAAAUUUAAAAAUCCUGAAAUAUUAGAAGCAACUUUUACAUGUUUAGCAUAUAUAUUUAAAUAUUUGUUUAGAGAAAUGGUAAAAAAUUUAGAUAUAGUAUUGUUGGAACUUGCUCCGCUUCUUAGCGAAAACAAUCCGGAUUAUGUAAGAGAUUUUGCUGCACAAAGUUUUUCAUUUGUAGCUAGAAAAGUCAAAGAUAAAAAUAAAUUAUUAUCAUUGGUUUUGUAUGUUGUUCAAACAUCGCCUGAUGUUGCAGAAGGUUGUGGUCAAUUAUUAUUCGAAAUGAUGAAAGGUAUUAAAGGACAAACUCACAGUUGUGCAGAAGAAUUAUUUACAGUUUUACUCAAUUCUUUCGGGAUGAAUGACAUACCACAAAGGAUAUUAAUUUCACUAACAAGUCAAAUAGUUACUACUUAUGGGAAUUGUAUUCCAGUUCAGCAUUCAAUUUUAUUCAAAGUUUUAAUUGUAAGUUUGAAAUCAAUGCUUAAAAUCAGUAAAUUAGGACUUGAUUGCAAAGGAGGAAGUCAUUUAGUCGAAACACAUUUGUCAGAGUUUACAACAAUCAUUUUAAAAUGUUUAACUUUAGAAAUGAAAGUGCAAAGUAUUGCAGCUGAAAUUUGUGCACAAAUGCUCACAUUGAAAAAUAUAAAAUUACCACAAGAAUUAGCUAGUAAAAUUAUAGAAAAGGUUAUGCUAAUAAACAACAUGGAUACACUAAUAUAUUUCAUUUCUGAAACAUCGGAAUCUUCUGGAUUUGAAGGAACCAUUCUUCCGAAAGCGCUUAAAAGUUUUGCCAAAGUUAAUUCGAUUGAAUUUUUAAACACUUUAACAAAAAUCAUUGUGGAAAAAAUUGCAAAGAAAACAAAUCAAAAAUUUGAUGAUUAUACUGUUUAUCCACUGGCGUUACAUGGAGAGACAAUGCAUAUAUUCAAUGUUACAAUUGAAUUGUUGAAUAAUUUUUUAGAAAAAAAUGAAGAAUUAAAAAAUAUUUUGUGCUCGUUAAUACUGUUGAGACAUUUUGAACCGGUAGAUCAUUCACAAUGCAUAAACACUGUCGUGAAAGUUAUAAAUAAAUUACUUGAGUUAUUAAUAUCGUCAGAAGAAGAAGAAAACAAAAAAAAAAUAUUAUUAUUUACCAUUUGUGUGGCUUUGAAAACACUUUUGCAUUUUAAAAAUAAAAUCACAGACUUGAGCGACUUAAAUUCCGAUUUCUUCGUUGAAAAAAUGCUCAAGACUUUAAAGACUGAUAAAUCGAUUUUGGCACUUAAAGCUUUCAAUUUAUUUUUGACAUUGCAAAAUGGUUACACGUUUUCUGGAAAUUGUCUCGAAGAAUUAAAUAAAACAAUACAAGAAUGGUUAUUAUCAUCACAAACGAAUUCAAGAUUAUUAGCAGUUAAUUCAUUGCAAAAAUUAGAAGAAUUUAAAGAAAAACCGUCGAAAUUAAUGAUGAAAGCACUUCAAGAUGCAUCGGAUGCCGAAUUUGUGCCUUUGACUGUGAACGAUUAUAGAAAUAAAUUAAUGAUAUUGGAUAGGCUUAAAUUUGAAUUACUGAGUUCUGUGGAAGAGGAAAAUCACAAGGUGCUACUUAAAUACUUAUUAGGAGUUUUAUAUAAUAAUUUUCAACUAAUUUGGGAACCCGUGUCUAAUUUGAUAGCUUCCUACUCGGUUGGAAUGCCCGUGAAUACAUUUUGGGAUAUAUUUUUUUCACAAUUGAGAACUUCAACGGCUUAUUGUAAAGGAAUGGCAUUGAUGGAAGAUUACGAAUUGCCCGUUUUAGAUGAUUACUUCUUGGACAGUUUAAUGUUUAUAAGGGCUUCGAAUAAAGUUGAUCAUGAAAAUUAUAGGAAUUUACUAUGGACUACAAUGAAUUUAUUUCCAGAAAUUUGUGAAGCCAAACACAGGGAUGUGAUUUCCAUUUACUUACCAUUUAUACAAAAUGAAGUUUUGAAAACUAGUUUUGACAGUGCUUUAACCAUUAACAUACAAAAGAAUGAAUCUGAGAGCAGUGAAAAAAGUCUAGAAGAUUUGCCUGAUGAUGUGAUUGAAGAAGAUUCAAAAUCCAAAACUUCCUACGGGAAUACAAUAAAGUGUGCCAUCGCUCAAUUGACUUUACUGUCCAAAUUUAAAAAUCCCAAACAUUGUUUUAAAGAACCGGAAGUUCGGGAUUCCUACUUGUCGUUGCUCGUGUACAAAGAUGCGGAAAUACAAAAAAAAGCUUUGGAGUGUUUAUUUAAGUACAAAUACAGUUACAUGGUUCCGUACAAGCAAAAUUUAUCGAAUCUGAUCGACGAUGGUAAAUUUAAAGAUGAACUCGUUCAUUUUCAAGUUGAUGCCGAAUCUGGAGGCGUGAAGGAUGUGCACAGAGAAGAACUCAUGCCGAUAGUUAUGAGGAUAUUAUACAGCAAAAUGUUAUAUUUGAGUUCAACGUCGAGAGGGAAUAAAAGUUCGGCGAACGCACUCAGAAGAUCGAUAAUUUUAAGAUUUCUAUCGGGGAUUUCUCAGUCUGAAAAAGAAAUAUUUUUAAAAAUGGCGUUUAAAAGAUGGAAUGUUUACUGCUCGACCGAUGUUUUUGAUUUUGGGAAAAUAAUAAAUUCUGUCGAUUUGAAAAAAGUACCGCUUUUAAAAAAACUUUUAAGCACCGUGAACCUUGCAGAAGUUGUUUUGAAUAGUUUCGGCGGUUUGAUGAUUGAUUCUUUACAAAGAUACAUUUUGAAAGUUGUCCUUUCGGUCGGAUCUUACGUCUGUGGAAUAUACGCGAAAAGGGAUCAAGUUUACAGUGGAUAUUUUUCAUCGUUGAAAAAUUUAAAAACGACUUGCAUCGAUUUCGUAAUAAAAUUUUUCGAUCGAUUUCAAGAUUUCCCAUGGAGGGAAGACGAUAUAAAUGCGAUAUUUAACGUAUUCGUUUGGCCGAAUUUGUCUAAAUUAUCGAUCGAAGGGAUUCACGGUUCUGCGGGUCUUUUAAGAUUGUUUUCCGUUUGGUCUAAAAACCCGAGGUAUUUUAAAUUACUUGCUCGUUAUAAUGACGAGAAAGAAAAAAUGACUCCUUUGUCGGUUACGAUGAAAUUGCUCAUAAAUGAAAAAGCGGAAAAUUCUGUGACUUCCUGCAUUUCUUCAAUGCUUGAAAAUCUUUUGACGCUUCAGGAAAACACCCCAAAUGAUGAUGACGACGAACAAGAAGAAAAUUAUACUCCUAUUGAAGUCGAUUUUAUACUACCUGUGGAAGAAGAUAAAAUUUCGAAAUUAACUCUGAAAGAAGAACUGAAUUACGGUUCGAAAAUUCUUUUUCCACAUGUCGGAAUGAUAUUGACGUAUUUGAGAAGAAAAUUGGAAAAAUCGGAUUUGUCGACGUUCGGCAAAGGACAAAUGACGGUCCUUUCGAGAAUUUCAGAAAUGGCGACAUCGACGGAACACGGCGAUGCUCUCAUGAAUAUACUCAUCAAAUUACUGAGCACGCGUAAAACGUACGCGAACGAAGAGGACGAUGUAUUGAUCAACAUGGUGACAACUUUGGAAAAUCUCGCAAACGUUGUAGUAAAUCCUUCGGGAUAUUUGCGUCAACUCGCUCCCCUUUUCGGAAUCGUAGAAUUAAAGCAAGCUCGCGUCAUUUUAAUCAAUUUGAUUGGAACGAUAGAAAAACGUUGUCCGGAAAUCCAUCAAGUUUUCACUUUAAUUUCGGAUCUCAAUUCGUGGGAUGCAAAACGUGUCGAUCAACCGGAUUUCGAUAGGAGGUUGGAAGCGUAUAAGAAAAUUAAAACUUUGACUCUCGAAAAAAAUUUAAAUACGGAUUUGGCAUUCAUUGUGUUGCACAACAGUUUUUAUUUCGUUCGAUGCGAACAAGAUAUUUCGCUGCGGGAUAACGCUUCGUUUUAUUUGAAAGAAAUUUGUCCCAAGAUUGCUUAUUUCUUAAAAGGAAAAGGUUUAUUAAAACAACAUUGGUUGGAAAGCAUUUUAUUUUUAGUCAAAAAGGGGAUCGUAUCCGAAAACGAAAACGUUCAGGGUUUAUCGAUUUCGCUGUUGGGUGUCAUGGCUCGAGAAUGCGGCGACUUACAUCCGGUACUUAGAGAUUUGUCCAUUUUGACCAACAAACUCGAUCCGGAAGUUGAUUUUUUCGAAAACGCACAGCAUUUGCAAAUUUACAGGAGAUUGAAAGCGCUACAAAAAUUUUCCAAUACGGCAAAAACGUUGGAAAAGUCAUUAUCCACAAGAACUCUACUACAAUUUAUUUUACCGCUUGCAACUCGAUAUCUGGCUUGUUCGAAAUACGCGGGAAAAAACAGUUUGAUCGACUCCGCGAUCGAAGCUGUGGCUACCGUUUGUAGGUUUCUUCCGUGGCAUCAUUAUCAAAUGGUUCUUCGAUUUUAUUUGACGAAACUUCAUGGAAAACUCGAAUUUCAAAAACAGCUCACGAGAACCGUUAUUGCAAUUUUGGACGCUUUUCAUUUUGAUAUUUCCAGUUCUCCAGCAAAAAAGGAAUCAAAAGAAAAUUUAAAACCAAACGACUCAAACGGCGAGAAUAAAGAUGUUGAUGAAGUCGAAAUAAAGAAUAUAACGAACGAAUCGGAAAAUGUGGAAAAUGGGAAAUCGAUGAAGAAUAAAAAAAAAAAUAAAACUCGGGAAAAAUCUAAAGAAUUGGUUGAAGAAUUGGUGGAAGUUUUGGAAAAGGAAUCGGAGGAAGUUGAUGAAUCCCAAGAAGAAAAUGUACAAAAACAAGAGGAAAAUAAACUUGCCAUAGAAAAAAUCGUGAUUGAAAAAGCCAUAGCGGGAUCCCUUUUAAAUCAAUUGUAUAAAAUUUUGACGAGGAAAACGCGAGUUGAAAGCACUCAUAAACUCAAUUACAAAAAUGUCAGCGCGGAUAGAGAAGAAGAAGAUUUGCUUAAAAUUCCGAUCGCGGUCACGUUGGUGAAAUUAUUACAAAAAUUACCGGAAAGAAUACUCGAUCGUCAGUUGCCGGGUAUUUUUAUGAUGCUUUGCACGUAUCUAAAAUCACGUAUAGAGAGCGUGCGUCGGGUAACGAGAGAAACGCUACAGCAAAUACUUUUUACUCUCGGUCCGAAAUAUUUGCAUUUGCUGUUGGAAGAAAUGUCUACGUCAUUGAAAAAAGGAUUUCACUUGCACGUGUCGGUUUACACGAUGCACGCGGUCAUUCUUCACAUUCACGGUUUGUUAAAACCCGGUGACAUCGAUGAAAAUUUACCCAUAUUGUUGGACGCUUGCAAAUCGGAUUUGUUCGAAGCUUUGAGCGAAGAAAAAGAAGUCAUCAAAAUACAAGCUAAACAUAAGGAAGCGAAAUCAACUAAAAGUUAUCAUUUAAUUAAUCUCAUCGCUCAAUGCAUUACGGAAAAAUGUUUGACGGAUUUAAUUUUACCCGUUAAAGACGUACUUCAAACUUCGUACACUCAUAAAAACCUAGUCAAGUGUAGGGAAUAUUUAAGACAAGUGACUCUGGGUCUCUCGGCCAAUCAAUACAUAUCAUUCGAAAAUUUAUUUAUUUACAUUUACGGUACGACGUCGGAAAGCAUUCCGCAAUUAUUGCCGCCUAAAAUGACCGUUGAACUCUCGAAGGAAAAAAAUUACAAAGAGAAAACGGAUUGUUAUAUUAUACCGCCGGAACCGAAAAACAGAUUGGGAACGCUAAGCAAUCCCGUAAAAAAAGGUACGAAAUCCAACGCUCAUAUAAUCGUAGAAUUCGGAUUCGGUCUUUUAUACGUCAUAAUGAAAAAAGAAAAAUUGAAAAAUUGCGAUCGGGAUUUAAGAUGUUAUCUCGAUCCCAUCGCUCCCAUUCUCGUCAACUCUCUGGAUUCGCAACAAGUUAAAGUAUCCACCCUCGCCGUACAAUGCCUGUCGAAAUUCAUCAAAUACAAUCUUCCGAGUUUGAGAGAGAACGUUAAAAAAAUAACGGAUUGUUUGUUUACGACGUUGCACAAAUACGCUGCUGCGGGUUUGUCGAAAGGAAACAAUUUCGAUCUUGUUUUAGCGACGUUUAAGACCGUGAGCACGCUGAUACGAGAAACGAAUUAUCACGGUAUCACGAGUGAACAAUUGAAAAUUCUCUUAUUGUACACGGAACAAGACAUAUACGACACGACGCGGCAAGCGACCGCGUUUUCCCUACUCAGAACGAUAUUGAAAAAAAAAUUAAACAGUCCGGAAUUGCACGAAUUGAUGAACAAAGUCGCGAGUUUGUCGAUAACUUCGGAUCAUUCACACGUGAGACAACAAGCCCGACAAUGCGUUUUUCAUUACAUCAUGGAAUAUCCGUUAAAAUCGAAAGUCGAAGAAUUCAUAGGUUUUUUCACGUCGCAAUUGAAUUACGACACGGAAAGUGGAAGACAAUCGAGUUUGGAAAUGAUAAAAAGUAUCAUUGGACAUUUUCCAAUCGAAAAAUUGGAAGAAUUGAGCGGAGUGUUUUUGCUCACGUUAGGAGCGAGUUUAAUAAAUGACGACAGCGUAAAUUGUAAAAAAAUAAUAUCGGGUUUGAUCAAAGCCAUGCUAACGAGAUUGGAUAAAGGUCACAGAGAUCAAUUAUUCGAUGUUCUCAUGAUUUAUUUCAAAGAAAAAAAGUUAACUCUCAGACGGUUGGCAGCACAAAUCUCUGGAAUAUUUGCAUCGAUCGAAAAAGAAGAAUUCGAAAGUCGACUUCCGGUUUUGCUGCCGAUAAUACAAAGUCAAUUCGUCGGAGAUUCGAGACCCGGAAAAUUUGUCAAAUUGGUUCGAGAGAACGCGGCGGAAAACAGAGAUGAAGAUCAUCAUUUUUUUCAAGUCAUGCAACUCGUCAUAAAAAUAUGUUCGAACGUACCGGAUUUUCUCACGUCGGAUAAAUAUCAGGAAAACAUACAUUUUUUGACUGAAACGGCUCAAAAUUUACUUUGUCACGCUCACGAAUGGAUACGUCUCGCAGCAUCUCAAUUUCUCGGUUACGUAUUCAAUUCUUGCGAUCCCAACGACGUCGCAGCCGUAUUAAAUGGUAAAACGAGUAGCAGUAGUCAAAAACUUUCAUUUUUGGAACCUAAAACUCUUCACAGACGAAUCAAAAGUUUAAUAUUGGAUCAUUGUUCGCAAUUCAUACCGGGGAUUGAAAUAACUCAAGAAUUUUUAGAUCAGAACGUUAAAAAUUUAGUUUAUUUGGCAAGAGUUUUAAGCGGUGUAAUGGAAAAACCUAAAAAAAAUAAGAAAAAUUUAAAUGGAAAAGUUGAGAACGACGACGAAGAAGAUGCCGGCGAUGAUGAUGAUGAUGAUGAUAGCGACGAGGAGGAAGACGACGACGUGGAAAAGCCAAAACUUUCGCUAUUGUGGAUGAUAAAAAGAAUGAGAAGAAUCGUCAAUUUGGAACUUUCGCAAAAUCCAUCGAGUAAAAUAUUGAGAAUGACGGUUUUCAAUUGGUUGGGUGCCGUCGCCAUGUGUUUACCCAAAUCGACUCUCAAAUCCGUUUUAUAUCACAUGAUGGCACCGAUAAUAAGAGAAAGAGAAAUAGUACAGCAGGGGGGUGAAAAUCAUCCGAUGAAAUCUUUGGUCGUCGAAGUUUGCGGAAUAUUUAAAAAGAAAGUUGGAAUGGAAACGUAUUCGAAAGAAGUCAUUAAAAUAAAUGCCAAAUUGGCAGAAAAAAGAACGGAGAGGAAAAAUAAAAUAGCACAAGAGUUCGUUAUAAAUCCGGAAAAAGCGGCAAAAAGAAAAAUAGAUAGACAGAAAAAGAAACGGGAAAUAAGAAAGAGAAAGAUUGAUAGUUUUAAAGAAAAAAAAGGAAAAUUUAAAAAGAAAAGAAAAAUGAACGACGGAAUAAUGGGAAAUAUUUAUAGACUAACUCUAAUAAUAAAACAAACCGUUAAGCCAAAAUUACUAAAUUUUGAAAACAUAACAGAAAUUAAACUCACGGUUUCGCAUUUAAAAAAUUAA